AUGUCUCGUAAAGUAGCUGCUAUCAAGCGCAAAGUCCACCCAAAGAAGCAGAGCAUCAAUGCCUACGUAGUGUUUAAAGAUGAAGAUGGCAUCACCAAAGCUUUGGAGAGGAAUGGCAUGGAGAUAGAGAAAGACUUUCACAUCCGAGUGGACAGAGUGGCCGACAGCUCAUCUCACGACCACAAGCGUUCUGUUUUCGUGGGGAAUCUCUCAUUUGACAUCAACGAGCUGACUUUUCGAAGGCAUUUCGAAGAGUGUGGGACAGUGGAGGCGGUGCGACUGGUGCGAGACAAGAACUCGGGCUUGGGGAAAGGAUUUGGUUACGUCCUGUUUGAGAGUACCGAUUCUGUGCAGCUGGCGUUGAAACUGGACGGCUCAAAGCUGGAGGGCAGAUCCAUCCGGGUGAAGAGGUCACUGAAGAAGGAGAAGCAGAAGAGUAACGGUGAUGGCAAAGCAACAACAAGGAAGACCGGCAAGACUCUGAAGACGGGUUCUGGACGGGAGAGGGCGGCUGGUCGAGGAGCUUUCAAGUCCCCAAGGAAGGUGAUGGGAAACCAGCGCAAGUUGAGCAGAAGCUCCGCUUCUUUCAAAGGAGAGAUGGCAGAUCCAGACAAAAAGACUAAAAAGAAAGCACUGAAGAAAAAGAGAGUGAAGCCAGAAAAGUCUGUUCAUAUUUAAACUGAGGACAGAAAAAGCAUGUGGUCGCUGUGAUCAGAGUCGUUUGGAAGAGCAGCAGGUUCAGAGCCCGACUCCAACACAGCUGACAUCCAGGCAGCUAAACGAGAACUUCCUCUGCCCAGCAUAAAGUCACAGGUCCUUCCCACAGGGCUGUGUUGGACUUGAUCUGUAACCGUUUCACUUAUUUGGUUAAAAUACGUCAUUUCUUUUAUUCUGUGUCUGAA